AUGUCAGACAAGACAGUAUUCCUGGUCAUGGACGUCCAGAACGGCGUGAUUGAACGCGUGCAGAAUGGCGAGGCAUAUCUGGAACGCCUAGCUCCUGUGGUCCAGGCAACUCGAGAGGCCGGAUUCAAGAUUGUCUAUAUCAAAACCAGCUUCCGACCAGGCUAUCCAGAACAUCAUCCGCACAACACCUCGACUGCCAAAGCCUUCCAGUGGAAAGCGUUCGGCGAGGAUGACUCUUCCUCUCGCAUCCACGCGGCAGUUGCGCCUGCGAGUCAAGAUGUGGUUGUCAGCAAACACCGAGUCUCAGCCUUCACCAGCACUGAUCUCGACCUUAUCCUGCGUUCCUAUGGCGCACAGAAGCUCGUCCUUACAGGCAUUUCCACUUCAGGCGUUGUGUUGUCUACUGUUCGUCAGGCAGCAGAUCUCGAUUUUCGUGUCACCGUGUUGGAAGAUCUUUGCAUUGACCCUGAUCCGGAAAACCAUGAAUUCUUGAUGAAGAAGAUCGUUACGCGUCAAGCCGAAGUCACCUCAUCGGCUGAGUGGCUUGCUGGAUUGAAGCCAACUUCAUCUUAA